AUGAAAGAAUGGCGAAAAAAGAAAUGGGCGAAUCGUGUUGAGCAUACACUGCAAAUGCAAACUCGAAGACAAGAAAAACGGUCAGCAAAUAUCCAAGCUCGUAAAGAUAUUGUCAAAAAAAAGAAGAUACAAAAAGCUCGAAAGAGGGGAAGAAUAUUGUGA